AUGAUGACGUCAGAACCGACUAUUGGACUCUAUAACUCCAUAUCCAACUCGAACCAUAAUGGUCAACUAAAUCAUAUGUCGUCACAGCAGCAACAGCAGCAGCUACCCCCACAGCAGCCACAACAACAACAACAACAACAGCAGCAGACCACGAGUACAAAUAAUCUUGCACCUUCAAUUCCCCCGGGUCUAAUGCAAAGUAGUUUUCUUAAUCAGGUACCACCGCCAAUACCGCCACCGCAACAACAACAACAACAACCACAACCACAACCACCACAACCACCCCAACCUUCAUCAUCUGUAACGGGAUUACUUAAGAUUAGUAACUUGCCAGCUGACUUUACGCGAAGAGAAGCCACGUUGAUUUUUUCCUUGGUGAUUGGCGAAAUCUUAAGCAUCGAUAUUAAUGAUUUUCAAAUUUUUGCAUUAUUUAGAGAUAUAAACACCUGCUUAACUACAGGUAAACUAUUAGACGGUCAACGAAUAUUUGGAUUUGAGUAUCCGCCUAUACAUGUCGAAUUUGAUAAUACUACCGGUAGUAGUAGCAGCAGCAGCAAUGGAGCUAACAUUGCGUCUCCUACUAAUUUUGCCCAAACACAAGCAGCUUUCAAUUCGUUGAGAUUAUCACCUGCAACACAAAAUAUAUCACCACCUAAUAGGAACAAUAGUUUGAAUAAUAGUGGCCAGGCAUUUAAUCUUUCACAAACCCAAGCACAAGUACAAGCACAGCAACAGCAACAGCAACAGCUGGCCCAAUCUCAAUCUGGUAUUGGUUCUGUAACUAAUCCAGUUGUACCAUUUGAUAUUCUUCAGAAGAGACAAUCAACAAGUAACCUGAGAUCAAGGUUUGUUUUCACUGAUCCAUUUUCUUCCGAGCAGCAGCAACAGCAACAGCAACAGCAACAACAUCAACAUCAACAUCAACAUCAACAUCAACAUCAACAACAUCAGCAACAGCAACAACAGCAACAACAGCAAAACCAACAGCACCAAUAUUCAUUACAUUCAUUACAGUCAUUACCCGAAGCUCAUCAUUCAUCGGGCUCAUCUAGUGUACCUCCCACAGGAUCUGAUUUUCUUGAGCCAAGCGGGAAAUCAAUUUUACUCAUGGAAUCACAAAAUGAUGCAAGAGACUAUGAAAAUUUGGUGAGAGAUUCAUGGUCAAGUCAGCCUACUGGUUCAAAUAUUGCAACAAAGAAAAGUCCCAUUGUUCAUCCUAACGCAGAUUGGUUUUCUUCUAGCAGUAAUGCCAACGGUACAAAUAUGGUAUUAUCGGCUCCUCCAGAUAGGCGUCGCGUGUCAUCAUCUUUUUUCAAUCCACAACAGCCUCAACCUCAACAGUCUCAACAGUCUCAGCAGUCUCAGUCUCAACAAGGGUCAACUCAGGGGCAGCAUAGUAAUUCAGUAGGGAUUAAUUUGCAACUGGGUGCUUGUACGACUGGAUUGAGACAACAGACUCUAGUACAACAAGAAUAUCAACAGAAAGGGCCACAAACUGUGACUCUACAUUACAGUCAACCGACUCAAAAGAGAUCCACAUCUCCUACACAGCAGCAACAGCAACAACAGCAGCCGCAACAACAACAACAACAACAGCAACAACAACAACAACAACAACAGCAACAACAACAACAGUCACAACAACAACAACAACAGUCACAACAGCCGCAGCAGCAGCCGCAGCAGCCACAGCAGCCGCAACAACAACAACAACAACAACAACAACACUCAAAUUCCUCAACAACACGCGUCAAUACAUCUUCUUCUUCUACAUCUUCAUCCAAAGAAGCCAUUCCAGAUUUGUCUCUUUUGGCAAGAGUUCCACCACCAGCAAACCCAGCAGAUCAAAAUCCACCAUGUAAUACUUUGUACGUUGGUAAUUUGCCUCCUGAUGCCACUGAAGCUGAAUUGCGUACUCUAUUUGCUCCACAAAAGGGAUUCAGGAGAUUAUCGUUUCGUACAAAGAACUCAACCAAUGGAUCUUCUUCAACCACGGGUAACAACGCAACAGGGGGGUCUACACAUAAUCAUGGACCCAUGUGUUUUGUUGAGUUUGAGGAUGUUGCACAUGCCACCAGAGCAUUGGCUGAAUUAUAUGGGAGUGCAUUGCCUCGACCUAAUCCUAACAGCAAUGGCAAAGGAGGUAUUAGGUUAAGUUUUUCUAAAAAUCCAUUAGGAGUAAGAGGUCCUGGAAACAUGAGGAGGACCAGCACUAAUCCAUUACUUCAACAAGGACAACUAUUGAAUAAUGAACAGGGACUGGUUACUAAUGGAGGUUCAACCUAUGUUGGAUACAACUACUCAAAGUAA